AUGCAAUCGAUAGCAACGAGGGAUGGGGAGCAGCAGCAGCAGCAGCAGCAGCAGCAGCAGCAGCAACUGUUGCUGCAGUGGCUGCAGCAACCAGCUGUUGUUUGUCUCUCGGAUAUAGAGUUCUGCUUAGAACGGCUGUGGGGGGAGGAUUUGCUGCUGGCGCUGCAGCAGCAGCAGCAGCAGCAGCAGCAGCAGCAACUGCAGCAGCACAAGCACGAAGAGCAGCUGUCUCACUCUGAUCAGGAUACGUGCCCAUCUUCGUUGCAGCAGCAGCAGCAGGGAGACAGCAGCAGCAGCAGCAGCAGCAGCAGCAGCAAAGGGGACUUUUGUGAUUCGCGCGGGUCUUCAUCUGCAGCAGCAGCAGAAACAGCAGCAGCAGCAGCAGCAGCAGCAGCAGCAGCAGAAGACUGUUCAGAUGAGAUGGAGCUCUUUGACGCUCUCUUCACCGACCCAGGUGCAGCAGCAGAGGAGUCUGCUGCCAGCAGCAGCAGCAGCAGCAGCAGCAGCAGCAGCAGCAGUUUGGAUGCAGCUGAGUCGCAGCAGCAGCAGCAGCAGCAGCAGCAAGAAGCAGAUGACCGAGGCUUCGCUGCUGCUGAAUCUGCUGCUGCUGGCUGCUGCUCUCCCAACAGUGCUGCAGUUAGCCUGCCAGAGGGAGCAGCAGCAGCAGCAGCAGCAGCAGCAGCAGCAGGAGACUUUGAGAACGAGCUGCAGCAGCUGCUGCAGCAAGCUUCAUCGCUGGCCUCGUCUUGGGCUGCUGCUUCGCGUGCUGCAGCAGCAGCAGCAGCAGCAGCAGCAGCAGCAGACAGCAGCAAAGUGCAUGCGGGGACCCCACAGCUGCACGAUAUAUUUGACUCUUCUUAG